UCAAAUGCAAAUGACUCAUCAAGCCUCCGCCUUCAGCUAAAGCUGCUGUAACUGAUUCAUUUCCUGUUAUCUACAGUAAUAUACCAAAGAACGUAAAGUAAGAUAAAAGACAACAUGGACUUUCCAUGCCAAACAUCACAAAAAGCACCUUUAUAGCUGCAAUAUUUUGGCAUUUGGGCAGUCAAGAAAGGGGCUUCAGAAUGACAGCAGUCAGUCUGUUGUUUGCUGUUUUGGUGUUUCUGAAUCUCUCCAUUUGUGGCUAUUUUUAUGACCAAAAUACUUUGCCAGAUAUUGGAAAUGCACAAUUUAUUGAAGAAUAUGUCAGAGUGCACAAUCAUUUCCGAUCCAGUGUGACUCCACCAGCGAGCAAUAUGAAACGAAUGAGCUGGGACCACGAUCUAGCAAAGACUGCGAAAGGCUGGUCAAAAAUGUGCGAAUUUGCACAUAAUCCUGACCUCAAAAUAUUGGGGAAGGUUCACCCCAACUUUACAGUAGUUGGAGAAAACAUUUGGACAGGUUCCCUUCAGCUUUUUAAUGUGACUGAAGCACUCACUAAAUGGUACAAUGAAGUCAAGUAUUAUGACUAUGAUACACAACGUUGCAGUUCUGUAUGUGGACAUUACACCCAGAUGGUCUGGGCAACAAGCUACAAAAUUGGCUGUGCCGUUCACUUCUGUCCAAGAGUAAAAGGUUUCAGUUAUCCUAAUGCAGCACAUUUAAUUUGUAACUAUGGACCUGGUGGGAAUUAUCCAACGAAACCAUACAAAACAGGAGCAGUGUGCAGUGAGUGUCAGGGAGAACCAUGUGUAGACAGACUCUGUGGUAAAGCCUGGAAGGAGCCAGCCUGUGAUCAGUACUGCAUCACCGUACUAGUAUUAAGGCCAUCUUUUCUUGUAGGGAUACUUGCUGCAGGAGUAUUUGUGAAGCACCGCUAUCCCCAAAUGUUUACAGAAAAAUGAUCUAGUCUAACAAUAAUGAUAAAAAUCAAAUGCUUUAAAAUAUAAUAGGAGAUUUACAGAAAGACAAAGGGAUACUGUAAUCAGUCAGCAUAAGGUAUUGGCCGAUUACAGUCAAUGUAUCGGUGUUGCUAGGGUACACAAAGCUGUUCUUCACAGUUAAAAAGGAACACAAAAAGAUACUUUAUUUUGCUUUAGUGACAACAAUAUGAAUUACAAGAUGUCUUUACCAUGAAAUUCAUAAAAUAGUAUACUACCCAUCCAAAGGUGAACACAAAUUCAAAGUCCGUUAUUAUACUUAUUUAUGUGUCUUGCUCAAUCUCUGCAGCACAGGAACAAUGUCAGUGCUCAAUUAUCCCAGCAUUUGAAAAGUACAUCUCUCAAAUAUACAUAGCAUUCAAGACACAAUUGAAUAGCUAUCUCUUCCGGCAGGUCUACCCAGUCAAUUUUGAACUAUGAAUUUUAAACUCAUGUCCUGCUUUUACUGUAUUUUAAUCUUUAUUCUGUGUAUUUUAAUGUAUGUAUUUCAUAGAAAUAAAUUUUAAUAUAUGUAUUUUACAUAA